GAAAGAGAGAAAGAGAGAGAGAGAGAGAGAGAGAGAGAGAGAGAGAGAAAGGGAUGGAUAGAUAGAUAGAGGAGAAAGCAAACAGGAUGUAGGAGAAUCAAGAAUAAACGGGAGAAAAAGAAGUCAAGCUGAAGGUGGAACGACGCAAAGAACGGCUUUGGGGUUGGGAGUUACAGAGGAAGGACUGGAAUGUCUUCGAUCUUCCAUCUCUCUUUUUCUCCCUCCUUGUUUCUCCCCUCCCCUCUCUCUCUCUCACUCUCUCUCUUUAUCUGUAGAACACUCCGAUAUCUACAUUGCUAGGUUGUAGAGAAGACUAGAGGGAUGAUUCGCGACGCGAGAGCGUGUCCAUGACAACGUUGAACGUUGGUCACGCCCUGAUGCUUCAUUGGGACCAACCCCAGCGUCGCGAAGCGUCGCGACGCCAACCAAUACGAUCGUGCGUCGUUCCGGGAGGCCGAGUUUCCUCCAUGCGAGGGAGCCCGCGCGUCACCAAAAGCUGCUUUUCUUUGGUAGGGGGCUCGAACGAUAUCGGGUCUCGAAUCUCCUUGGAUAUCACGCACCGAUACUCCCUAAACGACGACAAACCCUGCUGCCUCUCCGCCGGCUGGUCUUUCCACUAGUUUUCAUUGCGAUAUAUCGAACGAGGAAAUCAUCGGUUCGUUUUAAUUAAUCGACAUCGAGGUUACACGAUUUCGUCUCUUAUCAGAGAAACGGGCAUACCGGUUUACCAGUUGUCUUGUGAUUAUUUCAUCGGAAAGUAAUUGCAUUGUUGUUACAUUCAUCGAGUUUAAAGAAAGACGUUCAAUUUCUUCGGGUGUUUCUUUUUUCUUCCUUUUCUUUUUUUACUCUUCUUUGAUUUUCUAUUUCGUUUCGAUGAUUAAAGAUCAAGUUAUUUCAUUUAACUAUCUUUUGUUAAUGAAUUUCGGUUUUCUUUUUUGGAUUCCUUUGGAAUUCCGGAAGGACUGAGUGCGAGUUUCAAUAUCUGGAAUUAUUAGUUUUACAAAAAGUGGUACUUGUUCUUUUUUUUUUUGUUUUCUUUUCUUUUCGAAGAUUCGAAGAGUGUUGGUAUUGAGAAAUUCUUUGAGGAUUCAUACAUUGAACAUGAUUAGAGAAAGGAUUGCCGAAGAUGUACAGUGCUCGAGUGUGUUUUGAAGUGUUCGAAGCAUCUCAAAUAUGAAACCAAUGUGUAACUUUCAAGUAUUGCGAACGAAUAGGAUGUAAUUUAUACCUGGGAUAGAUCGAAUUACCAUCUCAAGAUUAUUCAGGAUUUCAUAUCUUUGAAAUUCUUACGAAAAAUAAACGGAAAGAUGCAAUCGACCUGUCAACAGCAAGCUCAAGCACAUCCUGGUCAAAACGGUACCUCCGCAAGUCGGACAUCCUUUCUGAUCGAGGAUAUUCUCAGUCGUGGCAGCGUACCACCCCAUACACAUCAUCAGCUUCAUCAUCAGCAUCUGAGCUCGGCUCACGGCCAACAGCAUCAGCAGUAUCAACAAUUCGCUAAUUUGUUGCCUGGAUAUCCGUCGGCGCCACCCACAGCUGCAUUUUUUCUGGGACCACUUUUUGGUAGCGCUGGUAUGGGGGUUGGCGUGGUACCAGGGGUCAGUGAACUUGCGGCCUUAAAACAUUGUCGACGACGAAAAGCACGAACGGUGUUUAGCGAUCAGCAGUUAGCUGGUUUGGAAGCCAGGUUCGAAGUUCAGAGGUACCUGAGUACACCGGAAAGAGUCGAACUAGCGGCAGCCUUGCAUUUGUCUGAGACCCAAGUGAAGACAUGGUUUCAAAAUCGGAGAAUGAAGCACAAGAAACAAUUACGAAAGUUGAACACGAAUUCGAAUAGUAGUGGGAUUCAAUCGUCUGGCCAACAGUGCGGUACUCAACCCGGUUCGGUGACAUCUCCAGCAGAACGACCUGUGGACUUCUCGCUGAGCAGCGGCGGUGCUGGUGGUGGUCGAGAGUCUCGAGGAAGUAGCGAUGCUGCUAUGGACUCUGAUGAAGACGAAAUUGAUAUUCUCGGCGAAGACGAAGAACCAUCACCUUCGAGAAGCGUCGGAAGCUUACACCUGCCAAAACGUAGUUCUUCGACACCCUCCUUUCAUCAAACGACGCAUCCGCAUCCGGUUACCCUUUCGCAUCAAUCAUCACACCAACAACACCAGCACGGCGUUCAACGUCAGCAGCAUCGCUGAGAAUUCAAGGACGAAGGAUUCUCCCCGAGGAACACUAUCUUCCAACCGGAAAACUCUUCUUUUUCUUCUUCUUCUUCCUCCUCCUCUUCUUCUUCUUCUUCUUCUUCUUCUUCUUCUUCUACUUCAACAUAUUCUUUCGAUCCUUCAGCUUCUUCGUCAUAACUUGAAGAUGAAACGGCAUUAACAUUGAGAAAGAGAGAGAGGGAGGGAGAGGGAGAGAGAGAGAGAGAGAGAGAGAGAGAGAGAGAGAAAAAGUCUCUCUAUGAUGACGAACUUGAUAAUUUCGAGAGAAUAGUGUUUCCUCGAGGAAGUGAAAUCGGUGCCAGACGUGCUAUCGGAAUCUUUCCGUUCGAUAUAAUAACGCACGUAAUAACAAAGCUGAUCGUGUGCGCGAAUAUAUCCGAUAAAAUUAAUCGAUCAUUUUCGUAGCCGCAAGCAUGAAUUUACCUGAACCUUCCUCGAAAUUAGUAGGAAUAAUCACGGAUAGAAUAAUUAAAGUAUUACGCGAUCAUUAACCGUUGUCGUCGCGCGGGUGAGGGUGAGAAUGAAAAAAUUUGUGCCAUCUGGAAAGGAAUUACAAAAGUGACCGGACACAACGGAGAGAGAAGUGUGUUCGGAUAAUGAUAAAAGGCAACGUGAUUCGAGUCGGAUUCGAUGGGUGAGAAGCAAACGCUGGUAAAUGACUCGCUGAUCGAGCUUACGCGACACUUUUUAUAGGCAAAGUGCAAGUAAUAAAGCUAGUCUCUCGUGUCACUUUUUAUAGCGAAGUGUAAAGUUAGCCUGCGGUUCUCGUUGGAAUUAAAAUGUCGUACUAUGACGCUGA